GGCGCGUUGCUGUACGGGCCGCCUGGUACGGGUAAGACGCUGUUGGCCAAGGCUGUGGCGACGGAGUGCGCGUUACGGUUUUUGAGCGUCAAGGGACCCGAGCUGGUGAACAUGUACGUGGGCGAGUCCGAGAAGAACGUGCGGGACGUGUUCGAACGCGCCAGGCACGCGGCGCCGUGCGUGGUCUUCUUCGACGAGCUCGACGCCCUGGCGCCCGCCAGGGGCGCGGGCGCGGACAGCGGCGGGGUCAUGGACAGGGUGGUGUCGCAGCUGUUGGCCGAACUGGACGGCGCCAACGCAAAGUCGAAGAUGCUGUUCGUCAUCGGCGCGACGAACAGGCCGGAUUUGGUGGACCCCGCGCUGCUCCGACCCGGCCGGUUCGACCGCUUGUUGUACGUGGGAGUGGACGAGACGACUGAGGGACGCGCGAAGGUUCUCGCGGCGCUGACCAAAAAAUUUACCCUCGAGCCGCCUUCGCCGUCGUCGUCGUCGCUCGAAGCCCUCGCGAGGAAGGUCCCGAGGCGGUUCACGGGCGCGGACAUGUACGCGUUGUGCGCGGACGCGUGGACGCGCGCGGCGAAGCGCACGGUGCGCGAGAGGGAGCGCGAGAAGAGGGAUCGCGGCGAG